AUGGGAAGCAACAUCAAGGUGAAACUCCCCCAAGUGAGUCAUGACUUGGAAGACACACAAGUGACAUGCUGGGCUGUGGCACGCAAGAGAGAUAAAAGAGAAAAGGAGAAACUGAAACGCCGGACAGACAACCGGAAUAAGUCCAAACUAGUGGAAUUGAGACCAACUGAUCAAGUGCUCCUGAAGCAAACCAAGAAAGACAAGCUCUCAACUAAUUAUGAUCCUAAACCGUGGACGGUAAGUGAAAGGCGAGGCGAUUCAGCUAUUCUACAGCGAGGACCCAAGAAGAUAUUACGCAGCACAUCCCAGAUGAGAAGAGUUCCAGGGAGAUGCCAAGGAGGAAAUGACGGCAGCGGAGACAGUGACACAGACGGAAGCCACAAAACGGCCGAGAGAACCGACAACACCCAUCGAAACCGGGAAAACAACCAAGCCGCCAACACGCCGAGGGCAGGGAUGGACAAGUCCAGGCAGGACGGGAACAGCGAGGAGGAACCACUCGCUGCUAGGCAACCUCGUCGGACUAUAGUAAGACCGAAGAAAUACCAGGAUGGAGCUGAUGACUUCGGAACGGAUGUAAGUGAAAGCUCUGAAACGGAUGAAGUUGAUGACUCCGAAAUGGAUGGAGAGACAAGCGACGAAUAUAAACCCGGCCGUUCAUGGAACUAAAGAGAACGGCAAUACAGAACUGUCAUCAUGAAUAAAAGGGAGGGGAAGAUGUACUGUU